AUGGAUGAAAACUUGGACGAAAAUGCCGUGCGCGAGCUAGAGGAAGUCCUUCAUACCAAGAUCUACCCCGGCACGGAGAUCAUGAAAGAUGUCGGGACGCAUCACUUCGUCAAAGCUGGUCAGGGCAGCGCCAGCGUGCUUGUGCCGCAACCAAGCGAUGACCCUCACGACCCUCUCAACUGGAGCGUCAAAUGGAAAGUUAUUGCCAUGUUCACCGCCACAAUGCUUUCAAUCGGUUUGAACCUCGGCCCGUUGGCAAAUGCGCCCAUGUUUGAGGAGUAUAUGGUUGAAUGGAACUGCAGUCUUGCGGAUGCCAUCCAAUUCACUGGCGUGGCUAUUCUCGUCCUCGGCUUCUCCAAUUUCAUCUGGAUUCCGAUAUCCGUUUGCUUCGGACGACGUCCAGUGUUGAUUUUCAGCUCUCUGCUAUGUGCGAUCUCAUCAAUCUGGAGAGCCCGCGCGACCAGUUACAACUCCUUCAUGGGCGCAUCAGUUCUGAACGGAAUCGGUGCAGGUCCUUGUGAGACAAUUCAACCUCAGAUUAUUGCCGAUAUCAUGUUUCUGCACGAUCGUGGCAAGUACAACACCUUGUAUUUUAGCAUGUAUUUCGGAUCGCUUAUGGUCGGUCCGAUCAUUGCUGGUGCGAUGGCGUCAAAUGUCGGAUGGCGCAAUUUCUGGUGGCUCAACACGGCACUGCUUAUCUUAUGCGUCAUACUCGCCGUUUUCUGCUUUCCUGAGACCCGGUACUACAGGACUUAUAAGUCGGAGGAAGCAGUGGUCUCAAGCGAUAAGGCUCUGACAACGAUGGAAGAGAAGAAGGACCCUGGCAUUCCCGGCACUAACAUUGAGGACGGAGAUUUGGCCCCCGUAAUGACUCAUGUCGAUCCAUGGCUGGGACGCGGUAAACCUAGCAAGUUGCAGUUCAAACUGUUCCAGGCCUACGAAGGCAGCAUCUUUCGAGAGCUCUGGGUUCCGUGGUACCUGCACUUGUUCCCCAUUGUCGAGUUCGCUUCGUUCGUCGUCUCCUGGAGUGCGAGCGGAUAUCUCGUUGUCAACCUAUCGCAAUCACAAGCGUUCGCAGCUCCUCCGUAUAAUUACUCAUCUCAGACCAUCGGGCUCUUUAACCUAGCGGUGCUGGCCGGCGCCAUCAUCGGCUUGUUCACCAAUGGACCGUGGUGCGACUGGGUCGCCGACUACUUCACAAAAAGGAACCAUGGAAUCCGGGAGCCGGAGAUGAGAUUACCAGCCAUGAUCCCUUACAUUCUGAUCAUGAUUGUCGGAAGCGUAGUCACAGCUGUUGGCUACGACAACCACUGGCCUUGGCAAGUCAUUGUCAUUGUCGGAUGGGGUUGCUUGGGUAUACAAGUCGCAGCACUCCCUGCUAUUGCUUCAACAUAUGCGAUCGACAGCUACAAGCCAGUCACCGGUUCGCUAUUCGUUGCUAUCACUGUAAACAAAAAUCUGUGGGGGUAUGGUGUUGGCAAAUUCUUAACGCCGUGGGUGGAAGAAUCAGGCUUCAAGGUGCCCAUCCUUGUAAACAUGGCUUUGGCAGUUGUCUUCUGUUCGUUUGGCAUUGUCUUUUGGAUUUGGGGAAAGAAGUUCAGAGGCAUGACCAAAGAUUCAUUCGUCCAUCGGUUGUAG